CAACAUGGCUUCUGAACAGGAACGGAUGAUGGUGGAGGCGGAAUUAUUAAAUAUUGAAGAACAAUUAGCUAUACUGAGGUCCAUGCAAAGUAAGUGCCAGGAAGAGAAGUCAAAGUAUCAUGAACGAGAAGUCAGAGGUCAGUUCGUGACACCAAGGAAAAAGAAAGAAAAGAUUAGGAAACGUCCGAGGAGGUGGGAUGUGAAACCAGAAAAUCUGGUGAGGCCGGAGGAGGGGGAGUAUAGUGUUGUUUUAAGUGCCUUACAAGAUAAGGCUGACGAGAAGCUUGUCGAUUAUUUCCUCUUGUCAGCGGAUGCAUUUAAUGAUUUGGCUAAUCGUCUGAAGCCAAUUAUUUACCACCAGGCUACACACAGGAUGCCCAUUCACAUUAAUGAGAGACUGGCGGUCACUCUUCGAAUUCUCGCCUCGGGUGAAAGUCAGAGCACUGUUGCAAACGCCUACAAACUAUCGACAGGAGCUGUGUGUGGCAUAUUUACGGAGGUGUGCAAGGCCUUAUGGACAGCGUUACAGACAGAUUUUCUUCCCAGCCCCACGGUCGAGAAAUGGGAGGCUAUCAAAGCUGAUUUCUGGCAGCAGUGGAAUUUCCCGAACUGUGUAGGGGUGCUUGAUGCGAAACGUGUGAACUUCUCACCGCAAACCAUCCAUGCGCUCGAGAGAAGUGAGGUGCCUCUGCUUGCUCUGGUGGCAACCUGCGACGCCAGAUACAGAUUCACCACGAUGGAGGUUGUAACAUUCCAAAAAGAAAGUUAUGGAGACCUUUUCAAGAACAGCACAUUAGGUUCCAAGCUACUGAACGGGAAUCUGGACCUGCCUCCUCCUGCCAGUGUGUCAGAGUUUGGAGUCUCCACCCCCGAUCUGUUUGUUGCUGAUGCUGCGUUCCCCCUACACAACAAUCUCAUGUGUCCCUUUCAAGGGACAGACCUGUCCAGGGAGGAACAGAUUUACAACCUCCACCAUUCCAGAGUCAUGCGGGUGAUGGAGAACACUUUUGGAAUUCUGGUGGCGAGAUGGAGAUUUCUCAGUCAACAACAGUAUAAACCUGACAAAAUGACAACUGUAUUGAAAGCCUGCAUCGUCCUACACAACUUCUUGGCCAGCAAUGAUGAUAAAAGUGCACCUGGACUGAAAUACAUCCCAGCUAAUUUUGCAGACACAGAGUCGAUGGGGUCGGUCCAGCUGGGUGAGUGGCGGCAAGUGGUGAACAGCGAUGACAAAAGGGUUUUUGACCCUGUGUGUCCCCAGCAGUUUGCGAGCAGCAACGGUGAUGGCAUUGAUGUGCGCACUACACUAAUGGAAUAUUUAAACUUGGCUUUUCAUUUCUGAAGAAACAAGCGUAUCGCAUAUGCGGCGCCUAUUGUUCAGUCAACUGUAGUAGGUAGACUUGGCCUGCAAACCUUGAAACAUUACCGACAUUUUUUUCCCCCUUGAGAGUCAGAAGCGAUCAAGUCGUGUGCACAAGCUGGACUCCCACUCCCAGGUAAUUUUGCAGACAUUGACACGAUGAAGUUAAUCCAUCUGGAUGAACAGGGAAGUGGUGGCAGGGGACACAAUUCUUUUGUAUUUGUUUUAAUCUUGUAGUUUGUUAAUGAAAUGUUUGCAUACUUUAAAUACUUUUUUUCUUUUAAUGGCGUAGUUUUUGGUCUAAUGACCUUCCUCAGGGCUCAGGGCUCUUGAUCCUGUAGUUUGUCAGGAGCCAUUUCAACGGUGAAUGUGAUAAACAUUAAAUUUUGCUCAUCAAGUGCCAAUAUUAUUAUUAUUAUUAUUAUGUAUUUACAGUAUAUAUGUAUUUCUUUUAAUCCUACGGAAACAUGGAUAUUGUGUUCUGUCUCUCAAUUUGUUCCGCAAACUAGUAAUUGAUAGACUCCAUGUGGGAAGCUUAAGGUUGGUCAACUUUUCUUUAAAUAAAGUCCUAUUAUUUUUCAAGCAAUAAGCACAACUGACAUGUGA